AUGCGUAAAUACAUGAGCAAGCGGCAAAGACCAUGCGACUUCUGUCGUUCUCGCAAAACUGCAUGCCGGAUCGAGUCGUCACCUCCAUGCCGAUUAUGUCAGCAAUACGGGAGAGAAUGCACCUUUUUAGAGGCUGCGAGGCCUCGGAAGAGGCAGCAAACAGCUGAGACGAGCCCUGAAUAUCAUGAUGCAAACGAUGCGGAAGGGUCAUCUAAUGAAGUCAUUGAAGAGCCACUCACAUCCUUUGAGCAGGGCAUUGCUUCGCCGACAGGAACAGACACCUUUCCCGAUAUCAACAUGGACUUCCUUCAACAUCUCGACAUAGACGCUCCCGAGUAUCAGUUCAUGUUCCAAACACCUGAUAACAACCCUCCAUCUAUCGCGGCUGAAUCAACAGAUGGCUCAUGCAGCAAGAUCUACCCGCUUUUGGAUGGACACGAAAAUCUUCAUCCAGAAACGCUUGGGCUCAGUGGAGAUAUGGAUCCUUAUCUCCUCCAACGAUAUCAAUCGGAUGAGCACGGUACCUUCAAGUUCAAACAGCUCGCGAUACGAUCAGUGAACAACAACCCACCUGUUCAGUUCCUAAUCUCACAGCCAUCGCUGUUUGGUCAAAGUAGAAAAGAAGCCGGACAUACUGGCGCGCCAAUAUCAUCGCAAAGAGUGGAGCUUGAGAAGGCCGUCUCUCAAAACAUGGGCAAGAGGUUGAUAAGUCUUUACAACAGAUUCAUCGCACCACAUUACCCAAUAUUCUCAACAGAGUCCCCUCCUGGUCCGGCAACAAGUGCUCCCUGUCUCCUGGCAACCAUCUAUUCAAUAUCUCUUCCUUUCGCCAUGUACGAUGAUCAACUCUGCAUCGAUAUGGCCUACGACUCACCUGAUGCUGAAGACCUAGCCCAUCUCAUCAAUGCGGCAGUUGCUUUUGAAAUCCACUCACCAAACAUUGCGACCGUUCAGACUCUAUUCCUGCUCAUUGCUCGACCAUCUUCAAAUCCACUUGUGUCAGAUGCAUCCUACCGAUGGACAACAAUGGGAACGCUAGUAUCAGCAGCUACAAACAUUGGGCUGCACCUUGAUCCAUCUCUUUGGAAUAUCCCAUCGGCCCAAAUAGCUGAGAGACGCAGACUCUCGUUCUUUGUAUACGCGCUUAAUAGAUGGUUAGCAGCUGCUUUAGGAAGGCCACCUCAUAUCAAUCGUGCCAAUUGGCUCGUUGAUGAGCUCUCAGCUCAGGACGAGCACUCUUCUGGCCUCGAUGCGUCGCAGUGGGCUGAUACCAUGGUCUUCUCAGCCCUCACAGCGUCUCUCUCAGAUGCUCUUGAUCGUCUUUAG